CCUCGCGAUGUUCUCCAUAAAGUUAUUUUGUCUCUAUCUGAGCGUGACCGCUGUGGCCGCCUGGAUAGCCCCUGCAGAAAGCACAACAGAUGCAGUUCGGUUCGAGGAAACUGCCACAGAUCCCACCAGGAUCAACGGUGGCCAACUGGUGAACGAGACAGUGCCCUUCCAGAUCUCCCUGCAGAUGCAGCGACGUGGACGCUGGAGUCACUUUUGCGGGGGCUCCAUAGUCAGUGCCCAGCAUGUGCUCACGGCUGCCCACUGCGUGGAGAAGAUGAAGGUGGAGAACAUCAGCGUGGUGGUUGGCACCCUCAACUGGAAGUCCGGGGGCCUGCGACACCGGGUGCUGGCCAAGCACGUGCAUCCCCAGUACACGAUGAGUCCACGGAUCAUAAACGACAUUGCGCUGAUCAAGGUGACGCCUCCAUUCCGCCUGAAUCGCGCUGAUGUCGGGACCAUCCAUCUGGGUGGAACGGAUCGCGUGGGCGAGAAGGUGUCGGUGAGGCUUACGGGCUGGGGAUCAACUACUCCUGCUACAGCCUCGGCCAGCCUGCCGGAUCAUCUCCAGGCACUGCACUACAGCACCAUUUCGAAUGAGGAGUGCAACCAGAAGGGUUUCCGUGUGACCCGGAAUGAGAUCUGUGCCCUGGCUACCCAGGGACAAGGUGCAUGCGUGGGCGACUCUGGUGGACCGCUAAUCAUGGCUGGCUCUCGUCCCCAACUGGUGGGCAUCGUCUCGUAUGGCUCCGCCACCUGUGCCCAGGGCAGGCCUGAUGUGUACACGCGCGUCUCCAGCUUUCUGCCCUACAUCAGCAAGGUGAUCAACCAGGAUCUGGCCUAAUAAAUACAUUCGGACAACGUAUAAAUAAAGCAAUCUCAUUGCAGCGAAUAAAUUCAUUGGAGUCUACGUAUUUAGUUUCC